CCAUGAAGUGCACAUGCAUCUGUUCUAGUGCAUAGAUAGUUCAAGGACGAGCCAGCAAUAGGAACAAGAUGAAAUCUGUGUUACUGCCUCUCAUAAUUACAUGCUUUGCUUCAGACUCGCUGUGCUUCCGUUGUUAUCAGUGUUUUUCUCAUUUGUCAUGGGAGGACUGCAACAAACACGCCAUAGAGACCGAUGAGUGCAAACCUCCAAAAGUUUGUUACAUGGCUCACCGAAUAUUUCAACGGAAGGGGCAACAACGGCAUAACUUUAUCAAGGCUUGUUAUAGCCCUAGAUGGUGUCCACAAGAAAGGUGUAGACAGACCACGCAGACUUCUGUGGACGGUUCGUGGUGCGAGACAAAGUGCUGUAAAGAAAAAGAUCUCUGUAACACUGGAAUGACUCCCUCGUGGGAAAAGGCAUAUGUAGGGAAGGAGUCUGCCGUCAAUCAAAAUGUACCACAUAAAGUUUGUUUUCUUAUCACUGUAUUGUUAGCAAUGUUAACAGCGUGAUUAGGAUUUUUCAGCCUUUUUCAGCUUGAUAUGCAAUAAUGAGCGUAGUUGGACAAUAGCAUAAGUCAGUUUAAGUUAAACACUUUUAGACCUGAACGGCUCAUCAACGAAAAAGAAACUUAAAAAUAGAAACAAAAGGUAUGAUAAUGGCGCUUGCUUUUAAAAAACGUAGUUUUAUUUGAGGUAUGCUUUAGUUUUAAUUCUUAAUAGUUUUAGGGUUUCAACAUGGGAAAUCAAUAUCUAAUUCAAUAAAGCUAGUAAUUUACC